GUUUUCCUCUCAAAUCUAUAAAAAGAAUCAUAAAUAUGAUAAAUAUAUAAAGAAAUACAAAUUUUGCAUAAACUAUGUACAUAAUUAUGACAAAGUGUAAAACAAAAUAUUUUAUUAAGUGAAAAAACACCUUUACUCAGUGAAGAGAAAAACGGCCGAGGGCAGAAAACAGCUGUUCGUUGGUCCGUGUGUCUCGUUUUGUCUUCCAGAAAAAAAAAAAAUAAAUACACGUGAAAUAUUUUCUCCUUGUGUUUUUGCGUUCCUUCGUUUGGUACAUACAUACAUAUACUUGCUUGCCUUACAACACAACAAAGUAAAAACGCCGAAAAGCACACAUACAUCCACGCAACAGAUUUCUAUAUUCUGUUUAUAAAACACAAGAAAAAGAAUAUAAAAACAAAAACCCCAACAACUAUGGAUCACAAUAGCCACCACAACGAAGAGUCUCAUCAAUUGUAUCCGAAAGGAGAAAAAAUUGAAAUAACUGUCCGAAAUGACCAUCGAAGCAACCGGGACAUUCCUUCGACGAGUAAAGUUACAAAUUUGGAGAAACCACGUUGGGGUAAACUCUUAACAUUGGUUGGUUAUGCGGCAACAUUCGGCUCAGCGGUGCCCGUCGGUUAUUGUAUUGGUGUUAUCAAUAGUCCUGCAAGUUAUGUUAAAGCUUGGUGUGCUCAAAGUCUUUUGGAACGUUAUGAUGCCAAUAUCACACCAUCUGGUUUAGAUUUAUUGUGGGCCUCCAUUGUUUCGAUAUUUUUAGUUGGCGGUGCUGUGGGUUCCUUGGGCGGUGCAUGGGCUGCCAAUAAAUUUGGAAGAAAGGGAUGCUUUCUUAUCAGCGGUUUUCUAUUUGCCAUUGGCGCCAUCAUGUUCUUCUUUUGUCGCAUGGCAAACUCGGUGGAAAUGCUGAUAUUGGGUCGCCUACUGGUUGGUUUGGCUUCCGGCUUGACAACAGCCGCCUUACCAAUGUACCUAACGGAAAUUGCUCCCUUGGCCUGGGUUGGUACUUUGGGUGUCUUUUGUGCUGUGGGUGUAACUGGUGGCGUGGUAGUGGGUCAAGUCUUUAGUUUGCGUGAUGUUUUUGGCACUGCCGAGCUGUGGCAUUAUGCAAUGAGUUUUUAUAUUGUCAUCAUAUGCAUAUGCUAUUUGCCGUCGUAUAUGUUCCCGGAAAGCCCUAAAUAUUUGUAUAUAGUCAAAGGUGACCGUGAGGGUGCACGACGUGAAUUGACCCGUUUGAGGGGUGCAGAUGCUGUUGAUAUGAUUAAUCAUGAAAUUGAAGAAAUGGAAAUUGAGGCCAACGCCAAGGUACAGACAAGAAGUUUUGGUUCUGUUUUAAAGGAUCCUGCCCUACUGUUGCCUUUGAUUAUUGUCUGCUGUUUCCAGGGUGGUCAACAGUUGUCGGGUAUUAAUGCGAUAUUUUAUUAUUCUGUAUCAAUAUUUGAAAAAGCUGGUCUUUCUACAACUGAUGCAGAAUGGGCUAAUUUGGGUGCUGGUUGCCUUAAUUUAGCCACCUCAUUCUUGGGACCCGUGCUAAUGGCCCGUGUUAAUCGCCGUCCACUAAUGAUGUUCUCUAGUUCGAUUUGUGCCGCUUUCCUAUUCGCCAUUGCCUUUGUUCUUUAUUACAUUGAAGCGGCAAGUUGGUUCCCCAUAGUUUGUAUUGUCUGCAUUAUGGGCUAUAUAUUCUUCUAUCAAUUUGGCUUGGGCCCGAUACCAUAUUUUAUUGGCACUGAACUUUUCGAAGUGGCGCCUCGUUCUGUUGCCAUGUCCAUGGGUAGCUUAUCGUCUUGGGCCUGUAACUUUAUCAUUGGCAUGGCUUUCCCUUCGCUGCAAAAUGCCUGGGGUGCAUUUGUGUUCUUGCCAUUCUCCGUAACCUGUGCACUGCUGUUUGUGCUAACGAAAUUCUAUGUGCCCGAAACCCGUGGCAGAGAUCCGUCCGAAGUUGCACCGUUGGUGUCGAAAGGUUUUAAGUCGAAAGUUAAAUAAAUUUUAAGCUAUAGAUAGAUUUUAAUUUACUUUAAAAUAUUUGUGGAUAGGAGACAAUACCGGGUUUUUUAAAUUUAAACUUUAAAGUACACAACACAUGCUAAGCUAAAUUUAAUACAAAUUAGUUCAAAUUAUCAAUAUCACUAUAAUUCAACUGUCGUGUUCAUUGACAAAUGUGUGUAAACAUCUCAAGGAAUAGAUUAUAAAUAAAAGAAAAAAAAAAACAACAUUUGGCAAAAAUAAAAUUUUGUAAAAAAAAAACAAAACGCAUAAUGUGCAUUAUAUCUAGGCUUAAUAA